GACAAAAGAACUCGCGGAAGUUGACGGAAACUGAAACGAAAGUAAAAAAACAGGAUUUCAAAAGAGGUAAUUUAGGUUUCUCAACAGACCGAUGUUGAGUAUUAUUGUAUUGAAAAGGAUAGGAUCUGAUUACAACAGCAUGGACCGAGUCCUACAAGUCCAUAAAAUUUCUCGCUGUCUGUCCUUCGGUUUGGGCGUCAGCCUUGACUACUCCAAAAUGAACAUGCUGGAAAAAAUGAGAAAGUCCUUGACAAGGAUGUACCUACAGCACUAAUGCAACCCGAGAACAGACGACGAAUAAUGUUGUAAAUACUUUGAACAUGAUGCUGAAAUGCGAUUUGGCUAAGUAGUUGACACCAGAAAAGACAUGGCGUCGUGGCGAACUGAAGAGGAAAUAGGAGUCGGGACGCUCGCACUCCUUAAGCGUCGCCCUUGAAUCUCGUCCGCAAUCCAUCCCUGACUUUCGAGUACCUUUUGGAUAAAUUCGAGACAAGGUACGAAGAAAAUAGGAACCAUGGUGUGGCGAAGUGAGAAAAUGCGAGCGGGGACGCUCGUCCUGCCUGUAGAGGGUGCGAGGCGCAUCGUGGACGCGAUCGGGUUCGAGGUGAGUUUGCAGUUCCGAGAUCACCAACAGGCGGGAAAGCUGCCAUCGGCGCGACCGUACAAGCGGUUCACCCAGAGAAUAGAAGAGCUCGAGCGCAUCGUCCGCUACUUACAAGAAGAAAUAGCACUGCGAGGCGUGGAUCUCAGCACUACGAGAAGCAAAUCUGGUAUAUUCAAUCUGAUGUCAAGAAUUCAACAUGAAAGCAUAUAUGCGUGGUCGUGGUGCGAAGGCUAACGGUUGAAUGUUUUUCUCUUCGUCCACUAAUUUGAAUGAAUCUACCUAGACCGAAAGAUGACCCUUGAUUAUAAUAGCGAUCAUUGUCUAAAUAUUUUCGCUUCCAGUUUCGUCGUAUCUGGAUCAUGCGCGAGAGAUGGAGAGCGAGAUUUGCUCUCUGGAUAGCGUAGAGGGAACGCUCACAAAGGUGUACCAGGACUUUUGCUCUUUCCAGCAGAACAAUCUGAAGUUUCUGCAGGCGAAACUGACGGCAAAAGAGGAGAUCUUCGUCAUCCGGGUAGUCCUAGGCCAUUCGCAUACUUCCGCCGGAAGCAGUUUGCGUGGUUCGUCUGCGCCAACCUCGCCUUCGUCCUCCUCUUCCUCCUCAUCUACCACGCGGUCGUCGUUGCCGCUAGCUAGCGCGACUUAUGGGGAGGGACUUAGUCUUUCAUUCGUUAUCUAGGAAGGGGUGACUUUGGGGGGUGGUCCCGUUUGGAUGCCCUUGAUGAAAGUCUGAUAAAAAACCGCUAAGCUUCGGACGGACUGGGAAUCGGGGCGGAUGACGAGGGAGCAGAGCAGGCGAUUGUCGUGCAAGGACGGCCAGUUGUACUUACGCGGCUAUGCGGGACCCUACACCAAAAAGACCGACUCCGAUUCCAGCGCUUUCUUUUCCGAGCCACCUACGGCAAUGCAUAUGUUAAGGCUCUGCACGCUCAGGAACCUUCAUAGCUGUAGUUUUUGGCUGGUUCUUAAGCAACUACCAGCAACAGCCUACUACUUGUGAGGCCUAUAGAGAUAUAUUCAAGAAUCAGUUGAAAACGCUAAGUCUCCGUAUAUCGAAGACAUACCAGAGGAACUGGAGCAGCUGCCCAAAGGUGGUGCGCUAAGCACGUUUCAAAUGCAGCAAGCCGCGAGUGCAAGCGUACCGGCCGACACGACCACCACAGGUAGCACUGUUGUACGCAAAAGCGUGUUCCUUGUUUAUUUCCAGGAUCACCAGCCAAGUGCGCGUGGUGGUCGCCCAUCUUCUACUGGCGACAAUAGUGGAGGAAGUUAUAUGCACGCGAAACUCCGCCGACUAUGCACGCAAUUUGGCGCAAAUGUCUACGACGUUCCCGACGACGAACGACGUUCCGGCGCACGCAUUCAGCAGUUAGAGCGAGAAAUACUCGAUCGCACGCACGCCUUUCAAGCGGGCUCAGUCUUCGUGCAGGAGGAUUUAAAGAGCAUGCUGGCGGUAAAGAUAAAGAACCAAAUUAUUCUUCUCACGAGGCGUGUGUAACACCUCAGCUCACGAAGGGUCGUUUUGAGCAUCGUUAGAUCAAAUGCGUCUCGUACAGCCAUUUUUCAGUUUGUGCGCAGUUGUUACCUACUGUGUCUGUGGCUGUCUCGUUGACGACUCCUUUAGAGGGUCCCCUACUAGCAAUCGUCAUCAAUUUCAAUGGAUACUAGAUCCUUUUUUCUAGCACCAACGACAACGAAAAUAGGUCCAUCCGCUGACAGGGAACCCCUUGAUUGAGGACUACCGGCUAUUUCUCUUGAAGGAAAAGAGCCUGUACGCGACGAUGAACAUGUUUCAAGGUGAGGGAGCGCUCUUGCGGUGCGACGUGUGGUAUCCCGCGUCCGAAGAGGACCAGAUUCGCCGGCUGCUCAUUAAGCACUCGAACGCAUCUCAGGUCUCUUCAAUGUUGGUGUCGGAUCGAUUGGCAAACGAUUACAUCGACCACGCUUAUCACGGAAAGAAGCCAAGGGGUGAUGUAGAGUAUGAGAGGCAAUAUUAACUGGUUGUACUUAAUCACCGUACCACACAAUUGAAUUUGAGGACUAAGAAUAGUUUUCUGCGAUCAUUGAUUAUUGUUGUCUGGUCCAAUAUCGCCUCUGGAUCAGUCCUAUGUAAAAAGUUUCAGAAUGAUUUUACUCCUUAUACGAGAAGUAGCCUAUCGACACUAGAACCUAAGAUCGAGCCUGCACCCUUCAUUCCGACCCUAGAACGGCUGAUGGCCUGGCCGAGCUGCGACGUGGGAAAUGCGUUCCGCCUACUUUUUUUCGCGCGAAUGCGUUAACGAAACCCUUCCAAGAGCUUGUCUUCACCUACGGGGUGCCGCGGUAUCAAGAAGUUUCGCCUGUGUUGUUCACAAUCGUGAGUUUUCCGUUUCUCUUCGGUGUGAUGUUCGGAGAUAUCGGACACGGAGGCCUGCUUUUGCUAAUUGGCAUUUAUCUGUGCUUGAGCACUCCGUCGAGCGCGGGAUCGCGGAUCCCGUCGCAAAGUGCGGAACCGAGAAACCAAGGGAACGGUUUAGCAAGUGCUGAGUCACUUCUGAAUGGCAGCGGUACUGGUGCUGAGACAGACGGGCCACCAGGCGUGCGAACGCAAAGUAGGACACCGCUUUCAACGCCGGACAAAUGUGACGCGAAUUCCCCGGGAAACAUGCUUGAUUAUGGAGCCACAUGACACGACGGUUUUCGCAGUACAUUUUCUUGGAAAGGAUGCUGAAACAUAUUGGUCUGCAGGAUAUCUUCUAGUAGCUCUCAGCAGAGAUAGUAACGCGUGUAGUUUUCUAGGGAGUACCACGGAGGAAUGAUGCAUGUUUGUGUUGAGCAAGCAUACUAAAUUUGAUGCCUCUGUCUAAUGUCUUGUGCCGACGCCUCUGCGGUCAGCGCGAUACAUGAUCCUGCUAAUGGGGUUCUUCGCAUUUUAUGCUGGAUGGAUGUACAACGAUUUUUUCGCAACGGGCACCAAUGUGUUUGGGAGCCGGUGGUCUCCCGGCAGUGACGAGAAAUUCGAAUUGCCCAGGCACCUACAUUUGGUGGGCGACGUGGCGCGCGAAAUUGUGGAUCCGACGCAUGCAAGAAGAAGUAAUCCAGGAAAGUUUUCAGCCGAGGGAGCAGACGCGGAAACGGAUGAGGGCGCAGGAGUACUUCAGAAAGCCGGCGCUGCACUCUCCGGGAGACGUGGCAUAGUCGACAGCGCUGAUUUGGUCGCUUUCGGUGCAGGCAUACAUGACAAGUCCAAGGAGCCGGUGCUGAUGCAAGACCCGCCAUUUGACGGCGCCGCUGCGACCGCGGUACUGGAAAGCGAAAGGACGAUAUCUGAUACGGGGAAGCGGAUUGAUGGACAGCAGCCCCUCGGCGGCGCCAGUAGGUUGAAGAAUCUGAGCACUCCUCGGACAGAGGAAGAGCCGACUCGAACAGAGGAAGCGGUAGAAGCGGAAGCUGCAAUCUUUCCACAAAGCGAUGAUGGCAUUAUAGCUGACGACCAUCGGGGGACAGGGGCCGUGAGCCUUUUCCAGCUCCACGAAGACGUCGUCCGACGCAAAGCGGAACGAAAGCACGCCGGGGAUGACUUGCCGCAUGGAGGAAUGUACUUGCAAUUGUACAUCGGAGCCGAUAGAUUCAGUAAUCUUGAAGCUUUAUUUUAGUUAUAUUUCAUCUUCUAGUUCCGGUACUAACUGCAUCUAAGAAUGAAUUGUGGUUUACUUUCAUGUCAUCUAAAUCUAACACUAUACGUGGUCCUGAUCUCACACACGAAUUGUGGAAUUGAGAAUUCACGAGGAGGAUUAUUUGAUCAUGAUUGGGUGGCUGGAAUCAGUUACUUACUACAUUACCCUUGAUACGCCCUAGAACACAUUCGUUGGGCGUGGGUGCUCCGGCAACUUCGGCACAGCGCUUUUCCAAGACACCGGUUGAGUUAGAGGUUGACUCAGAGCAAUUCUUGCUGAACGGUGUCCAGCAGUUUUCUUCACGCGUGCGAGCUGAUGCGGUUGAGGCAGUGAGCCACGACGUCGUUGCAAGUGCAGACAUACUCGGCGCAGGGCAAUCCUUUGCGAGGGAGGCAGCGCAUCGACUCAGCAGGGCGUCCUCGGAGGUCGUGGUGAAGGAGACUACUUCAAAGAGGCAAGGCCCGAGGAUGCGAAGCACGCCCGGACGAGACAAGACGUGGCUCCCUCUCUACGACGCUGGGAACGGCGGGGAAGGGGACGGCCCGUAUCCAUUCGGCAUGGAUCCUGCGUGGUCAAUUGCUUCGAAUAAGCUACUCUUCCUGAAUUCCAUGAAGAUGAAAAUAUCCGUUCUAUUUGGCGUAGUGCAAUUAAGGAUCAUUUUUGUAAGCUGUGCAUCACAGAAUUCUUCGGCUGUUGCAGCUAAUAGUGCUUGCAUAAUAUAACUAUCUCUUUCCUAGUACGUCGUCGGGUCCAUCGUCUGUUGACGCUGGGAAUACAACGACAGCGCCUUGACGUUGGUAAUGGAGAAGGGGCAGGGACUCAAGACUAAUGUGGAUUGUUCUAAUACAGAUGGCAGUCGGGGUCUUCUUGCGCUGGGCAAACGCGUACCACGACGGCAGUUUGGUGGACUUUUUGUGCGAAUGCGUGCCGAUGCUCACAUUCCUCAUAUGUUUUUUCGGGUACUUACACAUUUAUCCAUUUAUACCAGUAUCCAUUCAGGAUCGAGUAUUGUUAAAUUGCGAAUAAUCUAUUGCACUACAACUUACUUACGAAGCAGACAUGAUUAACUUCUUGUGCGAUACCUCAUGAAAAAAAUUGGGGUUUUUGUGUAAUUUUGGCGCCAUCACGAUCUGGAAUUCCACGAACCACCCUACUUCUACCAGAUACAUGGACUACAUGAUCUUGUAUAAGUGGACGCAUCCGAUGGCUGAGCCACCAUCAAUCAUUAACUGUAAGGCUACCGCGCAAGCAUCUUCGGCAUAAUCCUUGGUCCCUUUUCCACUUGAAAAAGGGGCCAAGGAUGCACGCAGGGAUGGCAUCGCUCUAGCUCUAAUAACUGCAUGAUAAAUAUGGGCAUGGGCGGAGACAACAAAGGCGUUUUUUAUGCGCAUGAAGGGAUUCUCAUGCUUAUUUGCCUUCUCUGCGUGCCCCUUUUGCUGAUUCCAAAGCCUGUCGUACUGUAUCUGCAACACAGACAGGAGGAGCAGAAGCGAUUGUAUUUUUGACACUACUUUUGAUAACCAACUACUGCUGUAAGGUCUACUCCCUUGUUCUGAGGUUAGUUGUGUCAAGCUCUAUGCAACAAGUGUGGUCCGUUAGAGAACUGUCGCCAGACAAAAGGAUAGACAGUUAGUUUCAUAUAUCAAAACGGCUUAUAUCAAGACGGUUGCUCCUAUCCCUAAGAAAGUUUCAAAGACAGAAGCCUUCUAAACCCUUAGGUCACUGCAGGAGAUGCGGUCUGAAGAUGUAGAGGAGGGCCCGGACUUCGAAACUCCAGAAGAAGAGUUUGAGCUUGGAGAAGUCGUGAUUCACCAAAUCAUUGAAACAAUCGAGUUUGUUCUGGGCACGGUUAGCCACACAGCGUCAUAUCUACGACAAUGGGCGUUGAGCCUCGCGCACGCCCAGCUCAGCGAGGUUUCACUACCCAUACAUUUCUAAAGUUUCCACGGAUACUAGACUUCAGCGCCCGAUAGCUCUCCCUCCGCUAGAAUCCUCCACCUCCUUCGAGCAUUUUCUUCGCCGCGACGUGCCUCCCCCGCUCCUCUUCCGCCAGCUCGCGACGCUUUCCUGGCGAAGUGGUCCGCGCCAGAGGAGUCGGAACAGAGGCGCCGCGGAAUUUAACAAAGGAGGCCGCUUCUGUCUCUGAGGUUUUUGAGAUGUCUCAAGGUUUGCCUGCUUUUGAAUUUACUGCAGGGCUUCGGAUUGGGAGCCUUGAGCGCGUAAGUCUUUGAGGUGGAGACUUGGGGCGAGAUUGCUGGAAGCUUUUGGCUUGCAGCUUGAAGCCCGGGGCCGCUUUCAGUGUGAAGAUUUGAGCUCCAGCAAAGCUCGAGGCGUAGGGCUUCGGGCUUGGCGCUUUGAAUUUGAAGCUUUGGACUUGCAAGCUGAAGCGUUGGACCCGAGGGAAGUGCUGGGCUUGAAGGGUUUGGCCUGAAGUCUUGGGUCUGAAGUUUUGGACUUAAGAUCUUGGGUCUGAGGCCUUUGGUUGGAAGUGUUGGGCUUCAAGCGUUUGGCUUGAAGUCUUGGCUUUGAAGUUUUGGGCCUAAAGCCUUGGGCCCGAAGUUUUGGGCUUGAAGUUUGGGGCUUGAGGCUUUGGGCUGGAGUUUUUGGACUUGAGUUCUUGAUCUUGAAAAAUUUUGAGAAGUUUGCAGCUUAAUCUUGGUUGACAAAGUCAGCACUGUGCGGCUUUUGCGCUCUGGGAUUGAAUUCACUGGAUUGGAAUUCCUCAAGCCCCAAAGCUUUCGAUUUUAAACAGCUUCGCCGAGGCUCAAUCUCUUGGCUUCGAAAUUUGAGAAUUUCGAAGCUUUCCGCGUUAUUUUGUCGCCUUGGGAUUAAAUUCGCUGGAUUUGAAUUUCUCAAAUGCCAAAGUUUUUAACUUUAAAAAUUUUUCUGAAAUUCAACUUCUUGGCUUCGAAUUUCUCAAAUUUCGAAGCUUUCCACGUUAUUCUAUCGCUUUGGGACGGAUUAAAUUCGCUGGAUUUGAAUUUCUGUAGGGAUCAUGGAUCUUGUGAUAUACUGAGUACUAACGUGAUCGAGAUCCUCCCCGCGUUCCGCCUCUGAGGGUCAAGACCAGGAUCACCACAAGGAUAAGGAAGAACAGGGAGAUCACCACCAGGAUGAUCAGGAUGAAGAAGGUCAACACGAUAGGAGUCACAUCGUGAGGAAGUUCAACCGAAUAGCACGGCCCAGGAGAAAGGUCAAGAGUGAGAAGGUUCAGGAAGUAGCUAGGUACUCAGUAAGCAGCAGAACAAGCAACAACAACAACAGCCACGGCAUAACCUAACUGCGUGCAGGUUAUGUAGAGUACCGGGCUAAUCCCCAUGGAAGUUCAUAAUCAGCAAGUUACUAGUGCGGUUUGGCGUUGCAUCUAAUCUGCGUUCGCACUAGGUGGGCUAUUGGUCAAACAAUUUCUCCAAUCCCAAAAUUUUUAGUUUUAAGCAGUUUCGCUGGGAUUCAAUUUCCUGGCUUCGAGUUUCAUCCUCAAACUUCGAAGCCUUCCGCAUUAUUUUGUCUGGGGUUCGUUGAGUUCGCUGGAUUUGAAUUCCCCAAAUCCCAAAAUUUUCGAUUUUAGGCAGUUUCGCUGAGAUUCAAUUAUGUCUCGGUUUUGAAUUUCUCAGAUUUCGAAGCCGUCCACACUAUUUUGCCGCUUUGGGAUUAAACUCGCUGGAUUUGAAUUUCUCAAAUCCCAAAAUUUUUAACUUUACGCAUUUUUUCUGCAAUUCAAUUUCCUGGCUCGUGAGUUCAUGGGUUUUUGAGUUCGUAAGUUCAUGGGUUCUUGGGUUCCUGACUUCCUGCGUUCGAGUUUAUGAGUUUAUGGGUUUGGGGUUUGGUGGUUUUUGUGUCGGGGGUUCAGGGUUUGGGGGUUGAGGUUUCGGGGAGGAAGCGUUUGCUGAAUUUUGUUGCUCUUAAUAUUAAGCCGAAGCGUUUGCUGCAGGCCCUUCUCAACCUACAACUCGUUCCAGCGAGGGAGUAGAUUCCGCUGAUCAGUAGCAGUUCGCGAAGACAAUUAGGUGGUAGAGAUAUUGGUAAGUGUCUGACGAUCGGUUUGGUUAUUAAACUCGCACGAAAUAUAUCACUGAAAGGUGUUCAUCGAGUAUUCGCUAUUAUCUGCGUUUGUAGUGGAGUCCGAAUGGUUGCGCCCAGUGGUCUGUUUUUUUGUUAAGGCUUCUGAUGGUGCCUCGUUGCCAAAGUCUAUAUUAUCCGUUUUUCCGGUAAGAUCCCUCUAGAAGCAAAGGGGGAAUGAGGAUGAACGAGCAGGAAAGGACAGCUGUCAUCUGGGUCGUUGAAAAGACUUUUCCCCUCCUGUAUAGUCUCUGCUCUAAGAUUACCCGUAUCUGAUACUGAUUCCAAUAAUCUGAUCCCUAUAGUCUCUGCUCUAAGAUAGCGUUCGCGGCAUGGUUCGGCAUAACUUGCGCGGUGUUGAUGGGCAUGGAUUCGCUCGAAUGCUUUCUGCAUACCUUGCGGCUCCACUGGGUGGAAUUUCAGUCCAAAUUUUACAAGGCAGACGGCCACCUUUUCCACCCUUUCAGGCACUCUACGACCCUGGGCUUUGAUGAUACAUGAGACCCUAGGUUUUGAUGUGAUGGGGAGAACAAGUCUUCUUGCUUGUUCGGAGUCAAGUGGGAUGUGGUGGAGAUGACUGCCCCGUUCUCUGUGUGUCUGUGUUUGGCUUUCUUGACUUCGAUUUUUAAUCGCUGGUAUAGAUUUUCGCGCAAGAUAGAAGUUCGUUGGUUGCUCCUUCUCUCUCAAUUUUCUCAAUCGUCAAUGUGUGCUGUUUUCAGUGUAUUUUUCACUUGUUUCACCCGCCGUCUGGAGAUUUUUCACUCCUGUUCGGACCCACAUUACAACACCGCUUGGUGUGAUCUAAUUUUGAAUUUUGCGAAUAAGGAACUGAAGAUGGCAGUCCGUCAUCAUGCAAUAAAUCUAAAGACGAUGUAGUAUGUUGAAUACUUAAUCUGCAUCCAUUUUUAUGACUUAGAACUGUGCCCUCAGUAGUCUAUCAAAA